AAAUACAAUACAAUACACUUACACUAUUUCUCACACUUAUUUUAAUUCAAUGUUUUCUUAUUCAUACUAUAAUAAAAUUUAGGAUGUUUUCUGUAAAGCAGUAUUAAAGAUUGUGUGUAUAAGCUUAUUUGAUGCUGUCUAAUAAUCAGUCUAAGAGUAAACCAUUUCCUUCCUUCCGAUAGUUGUUUUCAUUAAGGUUUACAAUAUGAAGCCUAAUACAUGCAAUAUUUGUAAUAAAUCUUUUACUGAGAAAAGUGAUUUUGUUAGUCACUCUUGUGAUUAUACUGUUGAAAAACCAUAUUCAACGGAUAUAUUUAAGGAAACAUUCACCCAAAGAAAUAAUUUAACAGAACAGUUAACUGUUCAUAGUGGAAAAAGCCGUUAUUCAUGUGUUGUAUGUGGCAAAAAUUUCACACAAAAAGAUCGAUUAAACCGACAUACGCUUGUUCAUACUGGAGAAAAGCCCUAUCCAUGUAGUGUGUGUGACAAAAGUUUUGCAGAUAAAAGUGGCUUAAUUAGACAUUCUCGUAUUCAUACCGGAGAAAAACCAUAUUUGUGCAAUGUGUGUAAUAAAUCUUUUGCACAGAAAACUGGUUUAGAAAGACACUAUUUAGUUCAUACUAAAGUUAAGUCAUAUUCAUGUAGUGUGUGCGAUAAAACUUUUUCACACAAAGAGUAUUUAAGUAAACAUUACAUCUAUCAUACUAAUGAAAAACCCUAUUCAUGUGAGGUGUGUAGCAAAACAUUUGUGAAUAGAGGUAAAUUAAUGGAACAUUCUCAUGUUCAUACUGAUGAUAGGCGUUAUUCUUGCAGUGUGUGUAAUAAAACAUUUACAGUGAAAAGUAGUUUAAACCGCCAUAUGGUUAUUCAUACAGGACAAAAACCUUAUUCGUGUGACGUGUGUUAUAAAUCUUUCCGUCAGAAAACCGCAUUGGAUCGACAUUAUCAACUACUACAUACUAAUGAAAAACCUUAUUCAUGUGAAGUGUGUAACAAAGCAUUCGUGAAUAAAAGUAGAUUAGCUGAACAUUCUCAAGUUCAUGCUGAGGAGAAACUCUAUUCUUGCGAUGUAUGCAAUAAAGCUUUCACAGUGAAAAGUAGUUUAAUUCGCCAUUCUGGUAUUCAUACUGGACUGAAGCCUUACACAUGCAAUUUAUGUUGCAAAUCUUUCAGGGAGAAAACUGUAUUAGAUAGGCACUAUUUAAUUCAUACUAGAGUUAAAUCUUAUCCAUGUAAUGUGUGUGACAAAACUUUUAUAAGAAAAGAUCAUUUAAAUCAACAUUUACUUAUUCAUAAAAAUUAGGAUUUUAUUAAUAUUUUUAAUAUCAAAAUUUUUUAGCAAACAUUUAGAUUAUACUAGAGUCAGAGUACAUAAUGGAAUUUUCACACAAUUAAUAAGAUAUAGACCAGUAGUUGAAUUUGUAUGGAUUUUCAUUGAAAACUUGGAGGUAUUUCCAUAACUGCACUUAUUCAAGCUAAUUGGGUGCUUGCGCUUCGAGAAGAAGAAGACCUUCUAUACUGACACAUGUAACAUCAGCGCCGGCUAAUCUUUAUCAGCAAAAUGAUGUAUUAAAGUUGAGCUAAGUUUUUCUACAUAAGUUAGAUUGUUAAUUAAGGAUAAUUAAAUACUGAAUCGUAUCCCUCAUUAAAUUUGUUUAAAUUAUAAUGCUUUCGCGUCUACUACGUUUAUUUAAUAAAGAUUUAUUAUUUGUUUAUGUAUUUUAUUGUAACUGUGAUAUAUUUUUGUUUUGUGUACCUGGCAACUUUAAUACAUAAUUAGUUUGUUUAUGUGACAAAUGGCUUCGUGCUUGUCUUUGUGUAAAGUCUCAGUGUAAAUAUAUAGUGAAAGAAUUUAAAUCUUUGAGAAAGAAUCCUUGUGAAAGAAUUUAAAAUGUGUUACUUGUGAGAAUGAUACUUGAACGGGUUGGCUUACUAGAAAUAGAAUGGAAAGAACAGUUUCUAACGUAAACAAAGGACAUGUUUCAACAACCAAUCAGAAUCGAGAUACUCACAGUACGUCACUUGCAGGUAUCUCAUUACAAUCGAAUAACCAAAAGUUUUGCUUUUUUUGAUUUGCAAAAAGUAUUUUUAAAAAAAUUUGUGUCAAGAUUUGCUUGGGGGUGUCUAUGAGUUUUCGUGUCGGUUCCCCUUCUGUGAUAAUUUUUUUUAGCUUCUUGCAAACAACUCUCCCAUUUUUACUAUUUAUUUGGCAAUUUUUUUGUCAUAAUUACCAAGACGGAAAUUUUUCUAAAGACCUUGAAGUUGUUGAUAUUUUGUAUUAAGAGUAUAUUACCUUUGGUAAGAAGCAUGUAGAAAAAUAAAAUUUUGCUUGCAGAGGUUUCAAUAAAUUAAAUAUUAGUGUAAA